CCGAGUCCUUGGGCUCUCGCCGCCGGCGGGUUUCGGCUUUGACUCCUGGUGGGAGCCGCACGUGCAGAGGCGAGCGGGUCCUGCGGGCCCCGGGUGGCCUGAACCUCCGGCGGCGCUGGCCAUGGCGGCUGCUGCAGCGCCGCCGCGUGUGUUCCUGGAGCUGCGGAGACGAAUGCAGAACGCGCUGCUGAUCGUGGGCGAGCCCAAAGAAGAAGGUACAGCCGUGGAUAUUUCUAUAAGGCCAUCAUCAUUCCAGAUGAAGACAUCAGAAGGCUGCACAGACAUCCAGCUUCCAGCAGAGGUCAGGCUUAUACCUUCGUCUUGCAGAGGACUGCGGUUUCUGGCUGGAGAUGGACUGCACCUGCGGUUACAGGCACAGGCCGAUUCCAGCACCAAACUGACUCCAGCGUUUAAUCAAAGCUUACAAGCUCAAGAAUGGUGCACAUUUUAUUGCCAAUCCUGUGGUGAAAUCAUAAUAAAGGACAGGAAGCUCCUCAGAGUGCUCCCACUGCCAAGUGAGAACUGGGGAGCUCUGGUUGGAGAAUGGUGUUGUCAUCCUGACCCUUUUGCCAAUAAGUCACUUCACCCCCGGGAGAAUGAUUGUUUUAUUGGAGACUCUUUUUUUCUGGUGAAUUUAAGAAGUGAUUUGUGCCAGCCUAGUCCUAAUUUAGCCUCAGUGGAAACACAUUCUUCUGGGAAUCAUUUAAAAUGGAAACCAAAGGCAAAUACCAAAGUAAUUUGUAAACGUUGCAAGAUAAUAUUGGGAGAGACCAUGUCAUCAGAAACUACUAAGUUUUAUAUGACCGAGAUAAUUAUCCAGCCAUCUGAGAUGAAUUUUUCCUUCAUACCAAGGUCUCCGUUUAUACAGAGUGUUAUCGCCCAGUGUCUGAUGGAACUCUCCUCAGCAAGAAGCACUUUUAGAUUCGCUAUUCAAGGUCAUGACAGCAAAGUAUACAUCUUGCUAUGGCUUUUAAACACAGACAGUUUGCUGAUUGAAUCUUUGGAACUUUCCAAUAGUGCCAAAAAAUUUCCCUUGUUGGAAGACAUAGAAAAAACCAAUUCCAGUUCUCCUUGGAAUGCUGUCAAGGUCCUCUUCCUCCCAUGCAUCAAAAACAGGAAUGAAAAGCUUGCCAGCUCCUGGGAAAGUGACAUCAGUGUCCACUCUCUAACCCUGCCCUCUACCACCUGCUUGGAAUUGCUAUUGAUCUUAUCAAGGAAUAAUGCUUCUCUACCUUUGUCUCUUCGCUACAUGAACUCCUUUCAGGUGGCCUUUUUGAAGAUGUAACUGUUGGAUCCAGGUGUUGCACUUCCUGGCAGGCAGCUCUCCACAGCAUGAAGCACAUCAGAGGCCAGCAGUCAGCUUACCGGUGGUGAUUAUAGAGACAAGAACCACAACUAAAGAACAAGAGCUCUGCAGUGAAGAUUUAAGUUUACUUGUUUGCACAGUCUCCAGGAGAAGAGUUAACUUUAGAUUUGUGAAAAACCAAGGCUGUGGAGAAAUUCACUGUAGCAGGUUGUGGGCCAGUUGAGAUAAGUAUAGACAUUACCUCUCUAAUUCCCACAGAGAGGAAUUGUCAAAUAUACACUGUUGCCAGAACCACCUGAAAGGCCCUCAGGUAGUGGAGACCCAUCUGUUCUGUGUGAAAUGCAGUGAGCGCCAGUGUUUGUGGAACUGAGUGUUAACUGCUAUAAAUCCUAGUAUAAGAAGUAAAUGUCGUUUCAUUUUCAAGGCUCAGAAAAGAGUACGGGUUAUCUUAACGUUUUACACUCCCUCUCCAGGGACCUAAGCCAGGGAUUGAGUUCACCAAACAUACAAAAAGAGUUUAUUUUACAAAUAAAAUAUAAAAUGUAUUGCACCAAAGUAAAAGACUCUAGAGUGGGUGGGUGGGGGGGAGAAUACUUGUCUUUCAGAGGACCUAGUGGGGGUUGUAUUGUUAUAUGGAAAACUGAGAAAUGUUAUGCAUGUACAAACUAUUGUAUUUACUGUCAAAUGUAAAACUGAUUCCCCAAUAAAGAAAUAAUAAAAUAAAAAAAAAGAAAGAAAGAAACAGUAGGUUCAAAGCUGAGGUCUGAGCCAGGCAGGUCAUAUUUCUAUCUCACAUUUGAGAAGACAGCUCUGGGUUUGUGACUGCUACCCAGCCCAGUCUUCAAACCACUUAAUAUUUCUUUCCUCAAAAAAAAGGGAGUGGGGGAGAAAAAGAAAAAAAACAUCCCCACCUACAGAGAGGUCACUUCACAAAUGGUGAAGCAGGUCUGCGGCUAUCUAUCUUUCUCUCUCCGCCUCUCUUACUUCCCCUCCUCUCUCGAUUUCUCUCUGUCCUGACAAAAAAAAAAACAAACCUGAUUUUUCUGUUCUCUGAUUUUCUAACAUUCAUAUCACAGGAAUCUCUUGGCAUUGUGAUUUGAUAGCUCUCUCUUCCUGUUAGUUUAGUUUAACCAAAAUGUUUGUUCAACCACAGAGCAGUGGUGUUUAACUCCUAAUUCAGAAAGUGGUUGACUCACAUAGGAGUGAAACCCAUCUGUGUAAUGCAGUGGAGUCAUUUUAUUAAGCACAGUUAAGUUUUAAAUAUUAAAGGUCUUAGUAUUAUGCCCAAGACACAACUCUAAGAGGCUUUGCCUUCAUUUCAGUGACUAAGCUUCCAGACAGCAUGAUAAUGUUUCAUGCUGUUGGAACUCUUUGCAACUUUGCACCUCUUCUUUCCUUGAAUACAGCUGAGAUUGGCUGUCUCGGAUAGAAAAGGCAAAAUCAAACUGACCAGAGGCUUGUGGUUUAGAGGGUGUUGUGACAACCCCUUCCUGGGAGCAGCCAGACUGACUCUCUUUCCACUUUAGUUGAACCAAGACAGAACCUUGCUGCUAAGGACACCUGGUCCUAAGCUCAGUUGGACUGAUCAGUGCAAGCUGUACAAUGGAAUCUUCCUAGACCUACGGUGAACAAAUCUGAGACUAUUUUUCCACUACUUUCCAUACAUACAUCCUACCAUCAUUGUCUGAUCCUCUAAUGAGUGUGUCCAUUCCUCCCCUUCACAAUAUGAAUGGCUUUUCCUAGAAAAAUACCUAGAUAAUCAUAUGCUAUCACAUCACCCUAAUUACUGUAUAAAACCAGAACACUACUUCCUCUGUAUGGAAGCCUGCCUCCGAUGACUUAAUAUUUCUUUCCAAACAAACAAAAACAAAAACCACCCUGCAUUUUCAAGCCAAUAAACUCCUUUUUUGGUGAGCUUCUUCAUCCAGAAUAGUCCAUUUUAAGCACAGUUGUUUCAUUCAACCUGUACAAUCUCUCCAAAAUUUUUCUCCUAGCUUCUGAUAGCUGAAAUGGAAUCUGCCUUGUGGUUAUUCAGCAUGUGAAUUCUUUAAAGAUUUCUUUUAAUGCAACUUUGGAUUUAUUUAUUUAUUUAUUUUUUACCAGAACAUAAGCUCUGGUUUAUGGCGGUGCUGGGGAUUGAACCUGAUACCUUUGGUGCCCCAGGGAAGAAAGACCUUUUGCAUAACCAUUAUGCUGUUUCCCCAGCUUUAUGUAACCAUGGGAAAUGAACCCAUGGCUUUGCACCUUAAGCAGCUUCCCCAGCCCAAUUAAUUUUUUUUUUAAUUUCUUUGAGAGAGUGGAUGCUGCAUGUGAUACUCUCAGGAUUCCAGGCAUCAGACUCAUUGAAGGCAUGUGUCCUGCUAGCUGAGCUGUCUCCCAUUCAUGCUUUUCAUUCAUGCUUUUCCCCAUACUGUCCUAGGUUCUGUGACUGGACCUAUCAAUUCAUUCUGCUAAAAGAUAGCCUAAUAACCAGUGGAAACAGCUUAAUUACUUACAUUGGCAUGUGUUUUACACACACACACACACACACAUACACACACACACUGGAUCUCUUAAAAAAUGGCCAAGUGAUUGAGGUUUAUUUACCUCCUUAGACUAAAAAAAAGUAAAGGGGAUUGCAGCCUCUAGGAGGGAAGGUAGGGAGUAGGGAAGAAAUGUAUGGUACUCAAUGGUUGUCUUGCUAUGGAGAUAAAUGCUUGCUAUAGGAACAGUUGUUUCCUGGAGUAGCUUUCCUAGGACAGAAACAUCCUUACAUAUGUAGCUUUCCCUUACAAAAAGGAAAUCCAUACUUUAUUUUUAGGCAGUUGAUGGGAAGUAAGCUACCAGCCUCUGCUGGUUCUCAAUGGUCUCUAGCUGUAAUACUUAGGUGAAUGUUGCCUUUUUAGGGGAUGACAUUCUGGUCCCUUUCAGCACACUGAAGGAUGUUUAGCAGGACCCCUGGCCUCUAUUCCCCAGAUGCCAGUUGGAUCCUCAUUGUGUUGUAAUAAAUAUCUGCAGACAGUGCCCUGGUAUGUAAAUUCAAUCCCUGUUGAGACCCACUGUUGCAAAUGAUGUGAUCUAAGAAUUGAAAUCCAGUGAUUGCCUAUAGUUAGAUAUUGCCACAUACACAGCUUUUUACAAAUUUUGAGCCCUUUACUGGCAUUGUAACUUGGCCUUAGUAUGCUAUUGUUUUCACAAAUGAAUUCAUUCCUGAUCAAUACAUUUGUGUGUGAAUAUUUCUCAAGGGUUCAGUUUGUAUUGAUCUAACGGAGACUAGAAUAAAUUUUAUGAAGCAGAGUUCAACCUGCUUCAUAAAAUUCUAUAAAAUAGAAUUUUCUUCUGAGAAACUUUUUUCUCCCUCUAGAAAAGGAAGUUGUUACCUUAUUAAUGGUUUGAUGGUGCAGGUACUUAUGAUUCAGAAUGUUAGAGGGUAGUUUAGAGAAAGCAGCAUCCCUCUCCCAGGAUUCUCCCUACAAGAAGCCAGAAGGGACUAGAGGCUGGGGUCAGAAGCAUAUCAGGCCCUAUAUACUUCCUCUGAAUGGACUAUAAAGCUUGGGAAACCAUCAUCGCUCUCUUUCUGGGGCGUGUGGGGGGUGGGGGAGUCUACAUGCCUGCAUGACUUGUACUUUCUUCUUUUCUGUCCUUAGUUUCCUCUAAUAAAUGCUCAUCUCCCUGAA